GUCAGUUGUUAUUUGACAUUCUGCCUGUGCAUAGAGCUAUGCUUAAAGUGAUUCACGUUUUCUUACAAGUAGUGAACUUAAACCCGUCCUCUGACACACAUCAUUGGACUUGUUACUGUUUGAUGAAGCUGAAUCUCAGCUAUUAUUACACAAGAUACACGGUAAACUAGCAGUGGAGAAUAGUGAAUGGCGAAAAUAUCUCGCUACCUCAAGUAUUCUUUUAGUAGUGAUUCCUCCUGUUAUAAGCUAGUCUUUUUUUAGUGGUUAGCAAGAAAAUGACAUCUUUCAUCAUGAAGAGUAAUGGCGCUCUGGAUGUGGAAAGCAAGGCUUUGGUUGGGGGUACAUCUGAUAAAAAAGCCACCAUCGUAGAUGUGGAGAAAAAUAAAUCAGACAGCAAGAAGAAUAGAGGAAGUGCAUGGCGUCAGGUUCUUGCAGCAUUUGUUGCUAACAUUGGCACCAUCAAUACUGGUUUGGUGUUUGGAUUUGCAGCUGUCGCAAAUCCCCAGUUACGAGAACCUGGUAGCUCCAUUUCAGUUAAUGAAGAACAAGCUUCGUGGAUUGCUAGUUUAUCAUCUGUCACUACUCCAGUUGGAUGCAUUCUGAGUGGUUAUCUUAUGGAUAGGAUUGGGCGGAAAUUAACUCUCAUUCUAACAGAAAUCCCUGCAAUUCUUGGAUUACUUCUCAUAUCUGCUGCUACUGAUAUAAAUAUGAUAUAUGUUGGUCGCCUUCUUGUUGGGCUAGGUUCAGGAAUGGUUGGAGCUCCUGCGCGGGUUUAUACCUGUGAAGUAACACAACCCCAUUUAAGAGGAAUGCUUUCUGCAUUGGCUUCAGUUGGAGUUUCUUUAGGUGUGUUGAUUGAAUAUUCCUUAGGAGCUGUAAUGGCUUGGUAUGUAAUGGCAGGGAUAAGUGCACUUAUACCUCUGCUGGCAUUUAUUCUCAUUAUACUUAUGCCUGAAUCUCCAAACUGGCUUCUGCAACGGGGACGAACUGAGGAUGCAAGGGCAGCUCUUUGUAAAUUCAGAGGUGGUAGUUGUGACGUCAACAAAGAAUUAGAUGAUAUGAUGUGCUUUGCAGCCAAGAACAAUGUAGUGAGAUUGAAGGGGUUCAAGGAAACCAUUCAAGCUUUACUUCAACCAUCAACACUUAAACCAUUUGGAAUUCUCUUCCUUUAUUUUAUGAUAUAUCAGUUUUCUGGUGUGAACACUAUUACAUUUUAUGCUGUUGAUGUUUUUCGAAUGUCUGGAACAGAAAUGAAUAGAUUUUUAGCAACUGUGAUAUUAGGAGUGGUAAGAUUGAUCUCAACUAUAAUAGCCUGCAUUUCUUUGAGACGUUGUGGCAGGCGACCUCUGACAAUGAUAUCAGCAAUUGGAUGUGGUUUGACUAUGGUUGGACUUGGAACAUAUUUGCACUUAAGAGAAGGCUGGGUGCUUAAUGAAGUAGAGCCCGUAGCAACAUGGUUUCCUGUAGCCUGCAUUUUCAUUUUUACAGUUGCGAGUACCAUUGGGUUUUUGGUUGUCCCUUGGGUAAUGAUUGGAGAAGUAUAUCCUACACAAGUUCGUGGCAUUGCAGGGGGACUUACAACUUGCAGUGCUCAUAUCUUUGUAUUUAUUGUUGUGAAGACAUUUCCAGAAUUCAAGCACUUGUUAGGUAUUCCUGGCACAUUCUGGAUGUAUGGAGCCAUAUCACUGUUUGGGUCUUUGUUCUUCUUCUUCUGUCUUCCUGAGACAAAGGGGCGAUCACUUCAAGAAAUUGAAGAUUAUUUCUGUGGAAGAGUUAAAAACCUUGGUGAAAAGGUUCCGAGUUCUGCUAAUAUGCCUAAGGUGCUAGAUAUUCCAAAAGGGAAAGUUCUUCCAUAAGGCAAUUCCAGUUUUCAUGGAUCUUAAAAUCAGUAUAGUGUAUGUUCUCAUUUUUGUUGGACAUGCAGAGGAAGAUUGUUUUAGAUAUUUAUAGGAACUGACAAUAUUUUUCUCUUAAGACUGAACGUGAGAGCAUCACACAUAUGUUUUUGUGUGAUAUCUUCACCUACGAUGGGUUAGUAUGUGAUGAACUCUUUAAAUUGUCACUUGAUGUUUGUCUCGAUUUUAUUGUUAGGACCACCAUUGACUGUUCCAUGUAGUAAUCAAGUAACUGAAGUAUAUUGUUAAAAUAAGUUAUACAAUAGUCUUAAAAUAUGUUGUCCUCCGAUAACAUUUUCAGACAGCAAAUACAUAGUUCUGAGUCUUUUUCCAUAAUUUGUUGUUAGAAAAAUUAUUGCAUACCAGUUUAACAGGUGGCCUAAUGAAUUUUAAGUAUUGUUACACUGUUUUUCAGUGAAAAUUAGAUAUAAAUGACUGUAACAAUGCAAGAGUGGAUGAAACAAGUGUGUUUAUUUUGUAAUGUGAAUGGAAUUUUUAAAUAUUAUAUUGUCUGAAAUAAAAUGACAAUACUGUAAUAUUAAAAUUUAUUUUAUUACUUCUGCCCACAUUUUUGUUUUCUGUAUCCUAAAAACCAUUGGAAUAGCAGUUCAAAUAUAAUCAAUAAAUCUAAAAGAUGGGAUUUCACUCACUCACAUUUGUAGUUCUACUGGACUUAACAUUGAGAAAUUCCAC